AUGAUAUACGUAUUUCCUUUAAUACACGCCUUAGACGUGGAUAGACUGGAGUACAUCCAACGGGCAGCCAUCGAGGUCAAUCAUUCUGGCACGAUCACCAAAGUAGAACAUCUUAAAGAAGAUGAGAACAUAGACGGUGACGAUGUCGUGCAUGCUCAUCCUAAUGAGUUCUUGGUACCAGGAUUCGUCGAUACGCACUCGCACGCACCACAAUUCUCUAACAUUGGCUUCGGUUUCAACCUCGAGUUGUUGGACUGGCUCAGUCAAGUAACGUUCCCAACUGAAUCCAACUAUCAAGAUGCACAAGUUGCGCAGAUUGAUUUUGCUAAAGUCGUUGAAGCCACCCUCUCAGUCGGUACUACUACGUGCUCAUACUAUUCAAGUCUGCAUCUAGACGCUACCAAGAUCCUCGCAGCUACUUGUCAUUCCAAAGGACAGCGUGCACUCGUUGGGAAAGUUAAUAUGGACAGUCAUUGUCCAGAUUAUUAUAAAGAUGAAUCACCAGAGGUCUCAAUGGCUCAAACAAAAGAAUACGUGGAUUACGUCAGAAACAAUCUGAAAUCUGCUAUAGUUCAUCCAAUAAUCACACCUCGAUUCGCUAUUUGCUGUUCACCAGAACUGCUCGAACAAAUGGGGGAAUACCUCAAGGACGAGAAUCUACAUAUCCAGACACACCUAUGUGAAAAUAAGGGUGAGAUAGAUUUCACCAUGUCUUUAUACCCGAAUGAUGAAUCUUACACCCACAUCUAUGCCAAUAGAGGUAUAUUGUCAGACAGAACGAUACUUGCACACUGUUGCCAUCUCACUAACAGUGAAAUGGAUCUCAUUAAGCAAUAUGACUGCGGUAUAAGUCAUUGCCCAACUUCCAAUUUUAAUCUGCGUAGCGGUAUAACAGAUGUGAAUCAAUUGCUGACUGACGGAAUUACCAAAGUUGGUUUGGGGAGUGAUUGCAGUGGUGGCUACGAAGCAGGUAUACUUCAGUCACUCAGGGAUGCUUCGACUGCCAGUAAGGCUCUAUCUAUCUUUCACAAUAAACCUACGUAUCUCAGUCUAGAAAAGUUAUUCUAUCUCGCUACGUUGGGAGGAGCCCGCGCCCUUGACUUAGAAAAGCAGAUCGGUAAUUUCAUAGUGGGCAAGCAGUUCGAUGCUCUGGUCAUCGACCCACUCACAAUCGCCAAUAAAUCCCUCAUUGAUUCAAGUAAACAGUCUUAUAUAUCACCAUUAGACAGACUGAAGCGCAACUUUGAAAGAUGGCUGUUCGCAGGUACGUCUGCUAAUCUUCAGGCUGUAUUUGUGGAUGGCAAAAAUAUCAAUAUCAAGUAG